CUUGGUAGAAAUCAAAGACAAAUUGGUAUUUUUAAGGUACUUAUUAACACCCUUGUGGUUACUUAAUUUGAGUCGGAAAGUAGUUUGAUUUCAGUAAACCGGACUUAAUGAUUGGUUGUUGAUUGGUUGACGUUCAUUCACCAUCAGCAGGAGUCGAUCUUGCCCUUGUUCUCUGGGUGGAGAGUAUAUUUUUUUCUUCUCGUCCUCUUCGUGGUGUGAUUUUUUUUUCUUUUUUUUUUGUUACUUUUCUGUCAAGCUGUGUAAGAUGUCAUUCAAGCUCGAUGUAGACAGGUUGGCAAAGGACGAGCUCAUGUAUGAGGUUAAAUGUCGAGGAAUUAAAGUCUCGGAUACUGACAAUGUUGAUUCUCUUAGGAAAAAUCUCCGUAGUGCUCUCUUGGUCGAAAAGAACGCUUCUUUUACGCAACCAUUUUCAUUUACUGGGAUUAUUGGAGAUGAAUUAGUUAUUUGUGAGUCAAACUUGGAUGAGAUUGGUACUAGUUUGGCAGCUUUUUCGAGCGAAAUUAGGAAGCUGGAAACAAAAAUUUGUCAUUGCUAUAAUAGGCUGGAGAAUAUAUUAACAGAUGAUGCUGACCUUAUUGGUAAACGAUCGUCGCUAAUAAAAACUUUGAUGGAGUUGAUUGAUGACUACAAAACUAAAAGCAAAAGUUUGCAGUCAGAGGAAAGGGGCUUCCAGGAACUUAUAGCAAGUAUACUUACUGGAAGCCACCAUAUAGCAUUUAAAUAA